UGAAAAUUUUCUUAAUUGUAAAUGGACAAUUCCCAAAUAAUUUUGUCGUAUUUCUUUUUAAUUUCAGAAGUACAAAAUUUAUUUUUGAUAAUAAAUUGAUCGACGAGGGAAACAAAAUUCAUAUUACAUAUGUUUAUAAGAUUUUCCCCCUAACUUGUGUAUUUGUGUGUAACAAAUGGGAAUUCGUUUUCAAUAGUACAGAAUUAAAUUCUUAAAUUUUUUAUUUUUAUUUGACUCGACGCCUUUCGUAUCCAGACAAAUUGCCCAGUUAAUUGAAACAUCCUUUAACUUACUUGCAAUUCACCACGUCACAUUUUGGAAGAUUUGGAAUGAGGGAAUUAAGAGACAAACACGUACACCAAUUGUUGGUGUUUAUAGAAGAGAAUGGAAAAUAUAUUUUUAAAAAGAUUUCCUGAAAGAGAAAAGUGAGAAAUGAACAGAACUACUGGAAAUCGCCUACAAUUAUUAAUAGUUAUUGCCAUAGUGCUUAUAAUGAUGUCUUUAUAUUUUAUGCUAAUUACCAUUCAAUAUCAGAGGAAAUUUAAAUUUAUUAUAACGAGAAAGAAAACGAUAACUAAAGUAAAGAAAUGCCCCACUCCAAAAAUCGAGAUAGAAAGCUUCAAUCAACCAAGAUUAGUUAGAAUCGAGAAGCAAAAUUAUAGCGAUUCCGAAGCAAAAUUUAUACUCCUGUGGACUAAAUAUUUUCAUUAUAACUUUUCUACAGAUUUUUACUUUUUUCAAGAAGGAUUUGAUACUUUUAAACGUUAUCAAUGCUCUUUCAGUCAAUGUUUUGUCACAAACAACAGAUCUCUCUUCAAAGAAGCUGAUGCAGUUCUUUUCCAUCUAUGGGAUAUAUCCGAUGACUUACCAAAAUUUAAAUACAAAAAGCAAAAGUGGAUUUUAUAUACUUUAGAAUCAAUAUCGACUGAAAGUUCAUGGAAGGAGAAACGAAAUUUAUUCGAUUGGACCAUGGGUUACAGAAGCGACUCUGAUGUAAGAGUAAAGUAUGGCGAAGUAUGUAAAUUGCCAAAAGAUGAACAGAUUAGUAAUGUAAAUGAAAAGGAUUACCAUAAUGGAAAAGAGAGAGAGAUUGUAUGGUUUGUUAGUAACUGCCAUAGCGUUAGCAACAGGAUGAAAUAUGCUAAAAAGUUAUCAAAAUACAUUGAUAUUGACGUUUAUGGAAACUGUGGCAGUAGAAAAUGCGAACCUUCACAAUCCAAACAGUGCUACGAAGAUAUAUUUAAAAAAUACAAAUUUUAUCUCUCUUUCGAGAAUUCAAUAUGCAGCGAAUAUGUAACAGAAAAGUUCUUUAAUGUGUUAAAUUAUGAUAUAAUUCCUAUUGUCAUGGGUGGUGCUAAUUAUGAUUCUAUAGCUCCUCCACAUUCGUUCAUAGAUACAAGAGAUUUCCCGAAUCCAAAGGAUCUUGCAGAUUAUCUGAAGGUUGUCAGCCAGGAUAGCGAUUUAUAUAAUUCGUAUUUUGACUGGAAGAGAAAAUAUAAGAGUUAUUUGUAUCCUUGGAUGUGUGAACUGUGCCAGAAAUUACAUCAAAAGCACGAGACAAAUGUGGAUCGUCGCGAAAAUUGGUGGAAUAGUUACACCGAAUGUGAGAAAUGGGAAAACGAUGCCUUUGUAAAAAUGUAAAUGAAUUUUUAUAUUUUGUUUUUAUACAAAACGACUAAAAAUUUUAAAUUAUUUUUUUAUACAUAAUCUAAAGUUUUAAAUGCAAUUUUUAUCUGUUAUAUUUGUUGGUAAAUAAAUUUUUUACAUUAUUGUGUAAAAUUGUUAAUUGAUGGGUUAGUCGAGUGAUUAUAUCAUCUUUAGCAGCAGUUUUUGAAAUAUUUAACACAUCACAAGAGUAUUUCCCAAAGUUUUGAUAUUGUGUACCCAGUGACAGAUUAACUACUACCCGACUCCCUAGGCUGAGCUUUAGUAAGGCUCUCCCUAACUUUGCUCCUCCCAUUCUUUGUAGAAUAGAAUAAAGUAACGUUAAGUUAACUUUAAAUAAUAUAUCGUUGUAACAACAUAUCAAUUAACAAUCUGUUUUUUCCUCUCAAACCCCUAGGCUUAAGCCUAUCAGGUUAAUCUAUUAAUGUAUGUAUCCAUUCUUAAAUUUUCACAAGUAUUAGUACCACUUGAAAAAAAAAAUU